AUGUCCUUUAUAUUCUUUUUAUCGCGAUCGUACUGGGAACAAGAACUCGAAGAAGGCUCCGAAGCGGGUUUAAAGUUGCCUUACAACUCAAAACUUACGGCUAUGAGGAGCGUUACCUUUGUAACUGCAAACACAAGCAAGCUUGAAGAAGUUAAAGCUAUAGCUUCCGAUUUUUUAGAAAUAAACAGUGUUUCUUUGGACUUGCCAGAGUUGCAAGGAGAGCCGGAGGAUAUUGCCAGAGCAAAGUGUAAAUUUGCUUCGAAUGAACUGGGGGUGCCUGUUAUUACGGAGGACACUUCUCUCUGCUUCAACGCGCUAAGCGGUCUACCUGGACCCUAUGUGAAAUGGUUUUUAAGCAAGAUUGGCUUAGAAGGACUAAAUAAUCUUCUGGCUGCCUACAAAGACAAAACGGCCUAUGCCGUGUGUAUAUUUGCCUAUUCUCCAAGUCCUUCCUCUGAACCUGUAUUAUUUAUCGGAAAAACUGAAGGAACUAUUGUGCCUUCUCAAGGGCCUUCAAACUUUGGUUGGGAUCCCAUAUUUCAGCCAGCAGGCUUUAAAAACACUUACGCUGAAUUGGCCAAGUCCGAAAAAAAUAAAAUUUCCCACCGUUAUAAAGCCUUAGAAAAGUUAAAAAGUUUUUUUCUUCAGUUUUCGGGAACUGAGUAA